UGCCCAUGCUACGCAACUACCCUACUACUAGCUACACUCCCAGCCCCAGGUGUGGCAUUUUUCACAACUUCUUGGAGUAGGCAGAUUCUCCCCACUGGAAGAUGCUCCCAGUAAGAACAAUACCCACAAACAAUCUCACUUAUAUUCCUUACUUUAAAUUCUCCCAAGGAACUCCUUUUACGGAUGAGAAAGAAGAAGACAAAGGCACUUAGUAGCAGAUGAAGCCAUUGCUGGGAUUUGAAUCCACCCCAUCUGCUCGUGUCUCCCUUGCACCCUGAUUUGGUUUUAGAGUUUAACACUAGACGUCCCUCCAAGAGCCGCAUGCAUUCAUAGGUGGGACUUUUGGACAGUGAUUGAAUGAAGGGGGCACCAUAGCUGAUUUAUGGCUGGGAGGUGGGGUCUGGUCAGAAGAGGCGGGUCCCGGGUGUGACUUGGGAGAGUCUUUACCUCCCUUCCUGUUCCUUUCCUUCAUUCUGCUUCCGACUGUCAAGAAGUAAGCAGCUCUCCUGUGCCCAGGCUCUGCUACCAUCGAGGACUGGAACUUCCAAAAUUGCUGCAGCCGAGUGGGGAGCCGUGCAGAGGCAGGCCCCAUGGAGGGGUGCCGGGAGACGCAGGUGGCCAAUGGCUCCAUGGCCCACUUGGACUUCAAGCCCAUGAAGGACUACAUGGUCUUGAGUGGCCCCCAGAGGGUAGUUGUCGCCGUGCUGUGCAUACUGCUCGGCCUGUUUAGUGCCCUGGAGAACGCCACUGUAUUGUAUCUGACUCUGUCCUCCCACCGGAUGCGCAGGAAGCCCUCAUACCUGUUCAUAGGCAGCUUGGCUGCAGCCGACCUGCUGGCCAGCACGGUCUUUGUCUGUAGCUUUGUCAACUUCCACGUCUUCAAUGGCGUGGACUCCAAGGCCGUCUUCCUGCUGAAGAUCUGCAGCGUCACCAUGACCUUCACAGCCUCUGUGGGCAGCUUGCUGCUGACCGCUGUGGACCGCUACCUCUGUCUGCGCCACCCACAGAGAUACAAAGCUCUGCUCACGCGGGGCAGGGCGCUGGUGGCCCUGGGCGUCAUGUGGGUCCUCUCGGUGCUUGUGUCCUACCCACCGCUCGUAGGAUGGACCUGCUGUCCCAGUCUCUGCUCUGAGCUUUUUCCAUUGAUCCCCAACGACUACCUGCUGGGCUGGCUCCUGUUCAUUGCCCUCCUCUUCUCUGGGAUCCUCUACACCUAUGGCCACGUCCUCUGGAAGGCCCACCAGCAUGUAGCCAGCCUGGCCGAACACCAGGACAAGCCGGCGCCAGGGGUGACCCGGAUGAGGCUGGAUGUGAGGCUGGCCAAGACGCUGGGGCUGUUGCUGGCUGUGUUGCUCGUGUGCUGGUUCCCUGCCUUGGCCCUCAUGGUCUACAGCCUGACCACAACACUGAGCGAUGCGGUCAAGAAAGUCUUCGCGUUCUGCUCCAUCCUGUGCCUCCUGAACUCCGUGGUGAAUCCUAUCAUCUACGCCAUGCGCAGUGGGGAAAUCCGUUCCUCUGCCCAGCACCGCCUGGCCCGCUGGAAGAAGUACCUGAGGGGACUUGGGCCGGAAGGAAAAGAAGAAGUCCCCAGGUCCUCCAUAAAGUCCUCCAUCACCGAGACAGAGGCCGACACGAAAAUCACCCCGAGAUGAACUCUCCCAGAAACUGUCGCUCUUCCUCUUCCUGUGAGCAGCCUGAGGUGACCUGUGGAAAUGGUUCACUACUCUCUCGACCCAGAAAA